AUGAUGAUGAUGAUGAUGAUGAUCUCGGAUGAUGAUGAUGAUGAUGAUGAUGAUGAUGAUGAUGAUGAUGAUGAUGAUGAUGAAUCUGAUGAUGAUGAUGAUGAUGAUGAUGAUGAUGAUGAUGAUGAUGAUGAUGAUGAUGAUCACGAUAAUUUUGAUGAUGAUGAUGGUGAUGAUGAUGAUGAUGAUGUUAAUGAUGAUGACGAUGAUAACGAUGAUGAUGAUGAAGAUGAUGAUGAGGAUGACGCUUUUGACAAGGCUGAUGGUCUCCAUUGUUUUCGGGAUCAUAAUUCGCAUGAUAGUGAUGAUGCUGAUGAUAAUGAUCACGAUGAUAAUGAUGACGAUGAUGAAGUUCAUGUUCAUGUUCAUGAUCAUGAUUCGCAUAACGAUGAUGAUGAUGAUGAUGAUGAUGAUGAUGAUGAUGAUGAUGUUGAUGAUGAUGAUUAG